CUGGAACAAAAAGAAAAUUUAUUUCCGCUCCUGUCAACGGCCAUUAAUUACCAAAGAACCCCCAGCAGAUCAGAGCGGACCAAAAAUAGUCCUUUGAAGGCAAUUUGGCCCUGUACCACUAACUCUGAAUCUUGAUACAUCCUCCAAAUACGUGGCGAGCGUGAGUGCAACCGACAAUGGAGUAUCUCAUUCGCUUCGCCCAGGCCCAUGAGUCUUUUCGGCAGGCCGAGAUCCAGGCACUGGCUGACCUGGCGGGCGUGAAACUCGAAUUCAUACAUUAUGAUAAAAAUUCCCCAUUCUGCACCAUAAGACUACCCGAUGAAGCGGCAGCUCGUGCAGUGAUUACCCGAAGCAUUAUAGCCAAGGAUAUCUUCGAGCUCUGGGGCCAAGGCACCAACUUCGACGAAGUCUACGCCGACGUCCGCAGGCGGACGGAGGAUCGCUGGGCGCAGUACAGGGACUCGUCGUUCCGAUUCACCAUUGACAGCUUCGCCGGAAAGCGCAGCAGUGAGAAGAAGCGCGAGAUCAUCCAGUCAUUUUCCUUCCUGGGGUUCAAGGGCCCCAUUCGCAUGAAGAACCCGGAUCAGGAUUUCUGGGUCUUCGAGGACUACGGGUUGGAUCUUAACUCGCCUGGUACGCCUCGUCCGGAGGGCCAAGAGCCAAAGAUUAUCUACUUUGGACGCUGGAUUGCGAAUAGUAGUCGCGAUGUCGUCAAUAAAUAUGACCUCAAGAAGAGACGCUAUAUUAGCACUACUUCUAUGGAUGCGGAGUUGACCCUCAUUACGGCUAAUAUGGCUCAUGCCGCGCCUGGAAAGCUCUUCUAUGACCCGUUUGUGGGUACGGGGAGCUUCUUGGUGGCUAUGUCGCAUUUCGGGGCUGAGACGUUCGGAUCGGAUAUCGAUGGACGCAGUUUCCGGGGUAAAGAGAUGAUGGAGAGGGGUGGGACGAUGGGAGUGUUGUCGAACUUCCAGCAAUAUGAUAUGGUCGGCAAAUUUAUGGAUGUCUUUACUUCCGACCUUACAAAUACGCCUUUGCGUUCGGCUCAAUUCUUGGAUGGCAUCAUCUGUGAUCCGCCUUAUGGAAUCCGCGAAGGACUCCGGGUCCUUGGAAGACGCGAGGGUCUUAGGAACGAAGAGGUUAUUAUCGAUGGAGUUCCUGCUCACUAUCGACCCGGAUAUAUUGCGCCUAAGAAGCCCUACGGCUUCGAGGCGAUGCUCAACGAUAUCCUCAACUUUGCCGUCAGAAGCCUCGUUACAAAUGGACGCCUAGCCAUGUGGAUGCCAACGGCAAAUGACGAGGAGGUUGAAUUGGCCGUACCGAUGCACCCCAACCUGGAGGUAGUGAACGUAUCUGUCCAACCAUUCUACACCUGGUCUCGUCGACUUAUCACCUAUCGAAGAUUACCAGAAGGACAGGUCUCGGAUGUUUCCAAAGGCCGGCAAAAACUUGAUGCUCAGGGAAUGUACGCAGACGAAUUGAAUGAGUUCAGAAGAAAGUAUUUCAUGAAGAACCCGCCCGACAGCUCGAAAUCAGGAAGAGAAAGCUCCGCCUCAUGAACAGCAUUAGACUAGACAAUAACCAAAAAUCGAACAAAAGCAAUAAUGACUCUAGAACGCCCAACAUGAUACAAACCAAGAAACAGCCACAUCUAUACUUUU